AUGCCGCGUGGUGGCAAUGCGAAUGCCAUUCAAAUUCCUCCAAUGGAAGAUACUUCCAGUCCAUACUAUCUUCAUCCUAGCGACAAUCCGAGUUUCCAGCUGGUUCCUCAUGUGCUCACUGGCUCCAAUUACAUCAAUUGGAGUAGAUCGAUCUGCUCCAGCAUAAUGUACCUUGAAGAUGCACAUGAGAUCUGGUCGGAUUUACGCAUCCGAUUCUCUCAGCUCGAUUCUGCUCGAGCUUAUCAAUUGAGGCAACGCAACAUGUCUCUGUAUCAAGGAAAAGACGAUGUCAAUGCCUACUUCACCAAUCUUCGAAUCGUUUGGGAUGAAUUCAAGCACUCUCAACCGAUUGCUUGGUGCAUUUGUGCGAAUUGCAGAUGCAAUAGUGCCUCGAAGUGGCAUGAGUAUCAAGAGCAAGAGUGCACAAUGCAGUUUUUGAUCGGACUGAAUCCUGUUUUCUCUCACAUCCGAUCCAGUAUUCUCUCUAUGGUUCCGAUUCCUCCUCUAUCAAAAGUUCUCUCACUUGUUUUGCAGGAUGAAAGGCAACGAACUAUUGAUGGUUAUUCUCCGGUUAUAUCUCCUUCUAUGAGUGAGCAGCCUUAUUCAGCUAACGCUGCGACAUCUCAAUCCUACAAUAAGGGGAGACUUUGUUCACACUGUGGUAAGAGUAAUCACACGGUUGACAAAUGCUUUACUCUCCAUGGUUUUCCUCCAGGAUUUGGGAAGGGGAAGAACAAAUUUGGUGCUGGUGCUAAGGAGACUAAAUCUGUUAAUUUUGUGGAGGAUUGCAUUGAAGAUUCAUGUGAUCAAUCUGCUUUCUCUCCACCAAUGAGCAUGCCUUCUCAAGAGCAGUGUCAACAGCUCAUAAAUCUGCUUCAGUCUCAACUUGCUGCUGCUGCCACCUUUGCUCCAUCUACUUCAGCUACUCACUCCACUUCUGUUGCACCAAAUAUGCCUUCAUCUCCUCAUAAUGUCCCUUUCACAGACACUGGAGCCACACAUCAUGUUUGCUGUGACUUGUCCAUUUUUAAUUCCUCUUCACCCAUCCAAAAUACCUUUGUAAACUUGCCUAAUGGUGCUACAACUCCUGUCACACAUAUUGGAACUGCAGCUUCUCAGGAAAUUGUGAUUGGGAGGGGUAGCAGAUUAGGAAAUUUGUACACUCUUGAUGUUUCUCCUGUUCCAAGAAAGUUGAAGGUUCUUAUAGAUGUUUGGCAUAAAAGGUUGAGGCAUGUAUCCUUUGGAAAGCUAAAAUCUAUGUCUGAUGUUCUUAAUUUUCCCAGUAAAACUUCUUCAUUAUGUGAUAUUUGUCCUCCUGGCAAACAAAAACAUCUGCCUUUCUCAAAGUCUGAUUCUAAUGCCAUCAGUUGCUUUGAUCUUAUACACUGUGAUGUCUGGGGACCUUUUAGCCCCUCCACUACCUAG